AUGAGUUGUGAGGAAGGGGAACAAAAAAUGAUGAUGAGGUUCUUUAUGAAUCCAAUCCUAAGGGUACCAUUUUAUAUCUUCACAUUAAUCCUUUUAAGUCUUCUUCUUCCUCUCUCAUUUUUAUUACUAGCUAGAUUGUCUCAUAUGAAGUACCUGUCUCUACAUCCUUCUUUCCUUCUGUCCGUCUUUCUCAACGUCAAUCCAGCUCUACUGCAAUUUCUUCUAUCAUUUUUCACUAUUACGGCUCUUGUUCGCGGUUUAACAGGCAAAUUUACACUUUUGUAUGGAUCACCUCUUCAACCUCGUCUUCAUAUUGCGUGGAUUUUCCUUUCUUUACAAGUAACCGUUGGUUUGGGGACGGACGCCAUUGUUGUUUCCGGUGUUUGGUCUGAUGAUUAUGGUUUUGAUAAAAGAGGUUUGCUGCCAAGUAGGAUUCUUCUCUUCAUUGGUUUGCAUGAAACUAUGCUUCAUUGGGGAAGAGCUGUCGUAAGACCUGUUGUGGAUGAUACAAUUUUCGGGGAUGCAAGGGGCGAAAAAUGGAUUGAAAAGGUGGCAAUAAGUGCGGCUUUUGUUGCCUUACGGUUGUGGAGAUUAAGAGACGAAGUUGAAAUGUUAGUUCUCGUCAUAGAAAUUAAAAGAGAGCUUUUAAUUGGUUUGGGUGUUUCUGAUUUUAUUGGUUGGUGGUUGUACUAUCUUACUGUUACAAUUGGUGUGAUGAGGGUUAUCGAUCAUGGGUUUCAUUUGGUUAUCCAAAGCUUUGUUCUGUAG